GCUGUUAGACAUCUCCAAGCUAAGAUUCUACGAGUCAACCCAUGCCAUACAAUCUACAAUGGUAACCUCUCAACUACUCUAAUCUCUGAAGAUCCGACAAUCCCAGCACUUCCAAGGACAUGAGCAGUCCACCCAACCUAUGGCCAAACCCGGUGUACACAAGAGCAUACGCACCACGCCCCCAAAAAGCCGCAAGGACAAGAAAACCCGCGCAUAAGGCGCCUGCCCACCCCCUCAUUCCCCAUGAACGCCAGGUUCAGAAUUGAUUGAUAAAGAAAAGGGAAAAAAGAAAAAGGGUAUGACGACGACCUGCUGGAUGACCCUCCAGGGAGAGACCAAAAAAACAGAAGAGAAAAGAGGGGAACGAGAAGGGCAGAGACGGAUUUCCAACCCAGUCCUUGGUCCUGGCCCGGACGGUUUGAAAUCGCUCGGACAAGGAAGAAGCCCGUUUCUGUUCGUUGAGCCAGAGCCCUUCCUCUUUCCCUUUCUUUUCUUUUUUAUUUGGCUUUUCGAGGAUGUGGUUGGACUCUAUCAUUUUUCUUUUCUUUUUUUUCCUUGCCAUUUUUUUCUCUCCUUGAACCCCUCUCCCAAGGAAAGGAGGGUUUCAUGGCAUCAUGUCGAGUCAGGAUUCACAGCGUCAAAUUUCCCCUCUUCCUUGUCCUCUCCGGGUCUCUUUUAUUUUUUCCCUUUUAACCUGUCCACCUGUGAUCAAUCCAAUGAACGGACUUCGCAACCUGGUCUGGUCUCAUUCUUAGCUUCCCCCCUCCAAGCUCGAAUGCAAGAGGACCAGAAGAGAGAGGGAGGGGGGUGGGGGAGAGAGAUCUCGAACGAAUCAAUUCCUCUUGACCCUCUUUUUUUAUUCACGACGAAAGGAAUGCGGUGGCGGUCGCUGAAAAUAAAAAUAAAAAUAAAAACCAUUCGACCUCAUGGGUUUGGUUUCUGGCUUCUGUGCUUGUCGUUGCCACCGCUCAGAUCGAGUCAGCUUCCCUCUCUCUCUCUCUCUCUCUCUCUCCGUUUCUCUCUCUGGCUUCCCGGUGAUUCCAGACUUGAACACACCCCCCUGCUAGAGGACCUAGAUGCAUUGUCUGGUCAGUUGAUUUUUAUUUUUUUUAUUUUCUUUUUUUUUCCGGGGUUUUUUGGCCCGCCGGGCUUCGACUAUUCUCGUGGAUUCGUAUCCUCUUGUCUAGGACUCGACUCGGCUUGACUCGGCAACCGACCAAAGAGAAGCAAAGAGGCAGGGAUGUACAGA